AUGGCGAUCUUACUGAUUUGGACGACAAUGAAACAUUGUUUCAGCCAAGCAUAUCAAGAAGAGGCAGGGGAAGAAGCAGAGGAGCAGAACGCAGCAGGAGUUGAGGAAAAGCGCCAAGUCGAAGAGGAAUGUCUAGGGGUAGAGGCAGGGGUCGUAAUAAUUUGUCCCAGAAGUCGAUCAGGAGCAAAGAUUGGUCAAUCAUGAACAGCAGUUACAGGUAUGUAUAAAUAUGUAUUACACUGUUUCAUAUAAUAUAACCUUAUCAUGCUAGGUGCAUGUUUCUGUUUUAAAUUGUUGAUUAAUGGUUUAUAUGACUUCCAACAAGCAAAUGAUGUACCUUUUAGAAUUUGGUUGACAAUCUUGACGUUGAAGUUCUAAGGAGGCUAGCUGCCGAGUUACUGCGAAAACAACCAGCAGUUUUUGCUGAUUUGGUAAAUGGGGAGCUACCGGAUGAGCCGCAACCUGGUGUUGACUUGUUCACAGUGUACUUCAACAUUAGACAUUUUUCAAUUGAUUGUACUGAAUGGGAAUGUGUUGGAUAUUGCCAUGAGAUAUCAUGA